AUGUUCAAGUUCCUGAGGAGAAAUAAACAACAGCCUCAGCCAGAAGCAAACCAUGAAGAGAGGCCAACAACCCCUGAACAACCUGUAGUCGACAAUGUGGACCAUCUUGAAGAAGUUUUAAAACCUUUGUUUGAAACUGUCAAACCCACAGUACCAGAGGAUUAUUUUGGUAUGUAAAUGUUUGCAAAGUUGAGCAAAGUGCACCAACGUUUUCCAAACGUCUCAAGUCAAAGCAUACAUUCUCUGAGCUCCCUAAGCUAGCAUUAAUGUUUACCACGGCGGCUGCAGGAGGGCAGGAAGAGGGGAUGCCAGUUUUUUUAGAUGCCAAUUUUUCUUUUGGCAAAGAGGGGUGAUGUCAAAAAAUUCUGUAUGAUGUGGGGGGAUAUGGACAAAUUUUGCCUCUUUAAUAUAGAUAUAGGCGCUAGAGCAAAGAUGGGGAAAGAGGAAAGGGAGGGAGGAGGAGCUGACACUGUUGUGUAAGUCCUACAUGCAUGAGGUCAUUAACCCAGUAGUUUAUGGUCAAGUCACUUGAAAGUUGUCUUGCCUGAAACCAGAGUUAUGUCACCCAAAGUUUGCAGUCAUGUUGCCCAAUAUCCUAAGUCAUGUUGCACAAAAUUUCAUCAUGCUCAAAGAGAUCCUCAAAAACUAAAGUGAAAGAUAUAUCCAAAAUUUAUGUAUCCAAAUAUGAUAAAAAAGCUCAAGUGAAGUACAAAACUGUGAAACUGGUUGUUCGUUUGAUAACUCAGAGACUUAACAAGAUUGUAAUUUUAAAAUGAAACAACAGGGAUAUCAGUUUCUACAGUAAAGUUCUGUUGUUGUUUCAUAUGUUGAAGCAUUUUGUUUUUUAAAGAAGGUCCACAGCACUUGCUUAAGAACCAGCUGCAAAAGUUUUAUGUUGUUUUGAAUUUACUGUGAUAAAGUAAAAGGAAUCGCUAAGAGUCUAACAACAGGAAUAAUUUAAUUUCUAUGAAAUUAAAGUUAACUCACUUGCUCUAACUAUAAAACUGGAGGGCAAUAGCGCUUUAACAACAACACAACAUAACAUGCGCAUUGGUUAACUAAGUUUGUUGUUGGAAACAAACAACGCAUUGAGUCAUUAGUCAUGUCUCAGUACUUGAUGUAUUUUUAUGAUCUGUGUAGCAAUUCUGAUCAUUGCAAGUUUUCUGUGUACUAGAAACUGUAGAAUGCUGCUUGAUGGAUCAGCAACUAAGGUUAUGUUCUAAAUGACCUACCUUCAGCUCUUUACUCAGUUUUAGCUCAAUAUAGCAACGAACAAUGCUGAAUUGGUGUGUUGGAGAUGAACAGCACUAUUUUAGUCUUUGUUCAACAUCACAUUUGCAUAAGUUACCAGACACAGUUGAGUUAUGACAUUUCUCGAAUUUCUUACAAUAUACUUAAGAUGUAACUUUUAUUCAAGUUUAUACACGAUAAAAUUUUGGACGACUUGACUAAGGAUAUCGGGCAUCAUGACCAUAAAUUUCGAGGAACAUAACUCUGGUUUCAGGCAACAUGACUUCGUGUGAGAUGACUUUCUGUCCACUUGACUAGUUACCAACCCAGUAUUUAGAUGAACAUUUUUUUUUUUCUGGGAGGGAGGAGGGGAAGUGAUAGGUGAUGAUAAAAUCCAAGAUGCUAAGAUUGUCAUGAGUUACUGGUAGUUACUAGCAGUUAAUAGUAGUUAGUAGCUCUAAGCAGACACCUCUACAAGAUUGUUACUUCCUUAAAACAAAUAUGUGGAGUUGGCCUUUCUUCAUUGAUAUUAUUUGAACCUUUAUAAGGCAUAUGCCUCUCUUAAAUGAGCACUAAUGAUUAUUCUAGUCCCAACAGUCUGUAGUCUAUUAAACUUUCACAUUAACCAGCCAUCAAACAGCAGUACCUUGUUUAAAGUUCCAUUUGAACUUAGUCCGACCAUUGAAAUUUAUCCCACAAACAUAAAAUAUGUUAAAUAAUGAUAAAAUUAUUGUUUUUGACUGUAAGGGUGGAGGGGUGAAGACAGCUUUCAUUUUGACCAUGCAUGAUGUAUUAACUUUUUCAGUUCCUAUAUCAGAAGUGGAACGACUCUGGUCAAGGUUCCAACAGCUUGGUCCCAAUGAUGAAGGAACUGUGGAAAGCGAAGUAUUCCAACGUCCCUCAUUUACCACAGAUCCAUUUUUAAGACAGGUAAAUAACGUUGUGCCAAUGUAAAAUACAGAAAAAAUUUUGAUACUUAAGAAGUACAACUGUAAAUUACUAAAGCUACACUGUGUUAUAAGUGCUCAGGAAUUUUAUAAGCUGAAAGUAUACAAAAGAUUAGACAAUAAAUUAUUUGGAUGUGCCAUGAUAAACAACAAUUGUGCCCUUGAAAUUAAUAUUUUGUUAUUUGAUAGUGGAAGGUGUUGCACUCUCCAAAUGAACAACUUGUAUUUAAUGUUUUAUUCCAAGUAUAAACUCAUCCGUACUGUGUUAUCACAUUUUCAAAAAUGUAUGGUCUCAUCUUUUACUUCCUCGUAAAUUCGUUACGAUACACAGUCACUUAAAUGUUAUGCAGCAUUCAACCACAUGUCACCUACUCUACAAAGAGAUGGGGCUGAGAAGAAGGGAAAAAAUUAUUUAGAAAGAAAAUUCAGAAAAUGUCCUGCUUAAGGCAGGAAUCACAGUGUUCAAUAGUAAAGAAAUCACAACAGAAACCUUAUUCCUUCCUUGCAAACUAUGUAGACUGACUUGCUCUGGACACCAAGUUCCAAAUUCCAAGUUCAAACAAAACGCACUAAACUGAUAUUUUGAGACUCAUCACAAAACUUCCACAGUUUUGAAAUAUGAUCAAAGUUUUUCAAGACUCAUAAUUAAAUUUUUCUAUUUGUACCAUUCAUCAUUUCUGCUAUAAUACGCUGGUGUCAAUAUACAUGUGCCAGUAAAAACAAUGUCUUCUCCCAUUACAUGUAAUUCAGAUUCAGUUAUUUAGCCCUUUUUAUGUUUAUCAUUUAAACGUUUCUUUGUGGCUCUGUGACUGGAGAAAGUGAUAAGUGUGUCCACAUUAUCAUUAAUCAACUUGUGUGAUUUCUAUACUCUUACAGUACACAGUGAUAAUCCUGGCCUCCAUGCUGUUUUUCAACAAUUUACCACUGUGUUCUGUUUGUUUGAUAAGGUUUGGAGAACAUUUCCUACAGAUGAAAAUGGGAAUGUGAAUUUUCAAUCUUUUGUUGGCGUUCUGAUGUGGUGGAAAACUGCUCCUUUGGAACAAAAGUUGGAAGGUAUUUUUAUUGCAAAUGUGGAAAUAAACAGUUAUGUUGGUUACUUGGUAUUACAUAAUUACUGUGUUUGAUUCUUUGAGGUAUUUUUAAGCUCCUCAACAAAGCACAGCCACUAGAUGUUCCUGCAUUACAGAAAGUUAUCAUGAAACUGGACAGUGGUGUUCAUGAGGUAUGUACAUGUACCACAUAAUGUGCAUGACAGUAAUGCCUAAGCCUGGGUAUCCUGUGGCAUACAGCUGUCAAUUUAAAGCAUUUAAUAAAGCAUUAGAAGGUUCAUUCUGCAGGACAGAAGGUACAGGUGGAAUUUUGACCGCUAAGGCUCCACUGCUUCCCAGCAUAAUAAUUAUUAUGUAAUUAUUACGUUACUGUAAAAUUCUGAAAGUAACUUUCCUCCCCAAAAAUAACGUCUACUUUUUACCUUCUUAUUGAAUCCUGAAAGUAAUGGCCCUUUUAAAAUUACUACUCAACCACACUAGAGUAUCAUAUUAAAUCUGAUGUAAUGUUUGAAGCAGUACUUUUGAUCUACGUAAAAAGUGAUUUAUACAACUGGCAUGAUAUGAGUAGUUAUGUAUUCCUUAAGAAGCCUGUUUUAUUUUUGAGAAACAUUUUGCAGUCCCACACAAUUCAUGUUUUCCCCCGCACAGUUUGCUUCCAAAAUGUCGAAUAAUUUAAUUUUUUCCCCAAACCCUAUCAGAAGCCUUAUCUGAAAGUGGUGAUUUUUGGUUUCCACUUUUCACUUUAAUCAGGAAUGUUAGAUGAAAAACCUCUAGUGGAUGUCCUAUAUCUAAAUCAGUAUUUAUUAUUUGUUUUAUUUAUUUGUGGAUAGGUAACCACUAUAAAGAGAUACAAAAACUGCCCACUGUGCGUAGCACAAGUAACAGGAAGGAGGCUUGAUACAAAGUCUUUAUUACUGUGAAACAGUAUUCAAUGGAAUACUACGGUAAUUAGCCAGGAGGCUUCUAACCUGAGUUUGUUUCUUACAGGAAACAGCCAAGUCCAAAGCAGAACUGUUGGUUAAGACUCUGGAUGAUAAGGAGCAAGGUUAGGUAUAUAAUUAUUUCCUGAGUAUUUCUGUGAUUGAUAACCAAGUUAAAUUUAAGUUUAUGUGUAAUUCAUAUUAAUAUAGGUUCAUUUAUUGCCAAACUUCAUUAGUCUAUGUGAAACUUUAUAUGUCACUUAUUAAAACAUAACUCAACAUUAAAAUAUUGAUAUUUACACAACUAGAAUCAACCAUUGCUAGAGAAGUCGAAUAUUGGUAAAUAUUUAAAAAUGAGCCUGUGAAAUUUAGUUAUUGCCUGACAUUUAGUGUGGGGUGAUAAAUUUUUUUCCCAUAAAUUGUCCAGCUAUCAAAAAUACCCUACACCUAGUCACUACAGUAAUAAUUUGUUUUCAGAUCAGCAAUUUUAAGGCUCAUCAAGGAAACGUUUGCUAGAGAACCUGUAGGAGGCAACUAAGUGGUUCAAAUGCUCUCAGCUACUGAAUUGUGUACUUGCUGAAGUCUACACACACCAAAUGUAUUACAGUGUAAGAUAUAAUGUGGUUUGCAAGAACGCAAUUUAUAAUCUCAACAGUGCUUAGUUUUUCACCACUGCUUAAUUUAAAAUCAUUACACGACAUGCAGCUUCCUAUAACCCCCAGCAACAGCCACAUACUAGGAAAAUUACUCUUUUUAAAUAAUGAUAACAAUAAUAAUAAUUACAAUGACUAUAAUAAAGUUGUGGUUCUGAUUAACAUUUUUAUCCAAUAGGGUACAUUGAUGUUGAUCAGUGGCUAAGAUGGGUUUUACAGCUGCCAGAGGAUGAGAUAGCUAAACUCACAAGGUUUGAAAUCAUACCAGUUGAAAUGGAAUCUCAUGCUCCACCAAGUAGGAGGUAAGGAAUGCAAUUAACCCUUAACCCUUUAUGUUCCAAGAGUGACUGACCAACAUCAAUUUUCUCCAAACAAUAUCAAUAUAUAAUCAAGAGAAAAGGUUGUGAGAGUUAAUAAAACGCUUCGUCUGAAAUGUCAUCCUUCUCUUCACCCCACCCCUCAACGGGCGGCUCUCUCUCGCUAUGCCGCCCGUUGUGGGGUGGGGUGAAGAACAGGAUAACAGUUCGGACUAUAAAAUGCUUUGAUCUUUAAACAAAUUCUUUCAACUAAUUCUUUAAGGAAAUGAAUAUGUAUGAAGAUCAGUCAGGAGAAUUUGUUUGUGGAUUUUGGGGCUUAAUGCAGCUUAAUGGGUAAAACCCAUAGGUCAAUGGACUAGGUCUUUCCUCAGGAACUGUUGAAGAGGAUUUUUUUUAGCAAAAGAUGUCUUCUUUUACUAACUUUUCUUUGGUCAAAGGGCUGGCACUUGAAACGUUCGACAGUUGAUUUACAGAAGUGAAUGUACUUAAUACCAACUCCGAAAUGGACUUUUAGGUUACGUUUACAAUGGAGGUGAUUUUUCCGUAUUCGUGACGAAUCCAGAAAAUGUUGGUACUGGAUUCUUUUUGCCGUUUACACGCAGAUGGGUGAAUCCGAAAUAAAAAAGUCCCGGUUUAGUCAAGUCUUCGGAGAUUUUGAAUCCGAAAAUCUAAGGGGAAUACUUUGUAUGCGAUAACUCUAAAAUCCGCAAUGUUUUGUGGUGUAAACAAUUCAUCCUACGAAGCCGGAUACUUUUUCGUCUUCGAUAAUACAAGAUUGCCGUAAAGAACGACGACGGAGAGGGCAGCGAAAGCGUCACUAUUAAAAAUGAAUUCACAUUUUUCAAACUUUUUCGCGUUUAUUCCAAGACGUCCUGGAGUUGUAUUCUCGGCUUGGAGACCGCACCCAAGUUUGUCGUCUUGUGUUUACUGGUGUUUACGUCCUCCAAACGACAAAGCAUAACGAAAUUUGAUGUCUUUGUCAUGCAGAGACGCCAAAGAAGUGUACCAAAAAAGUGUGAUACACUUGCAAAAUUGGUGGUUUCUUUUUGCUCAUUUUUGCCUUUUUGACGUUCUCAUUGCUGGCGCUGUCAUCGUUGCUAAAGCUUCCCGGAUUUAUCUGUAUGUGUAAAAGGAUGGAAUCCGAAUACGUUUUUAGUGUAAAAGCAUAAGAGUUCGAAUACCCUAUAAAACGUAAUAAAUCCGGAAACGUUUUUGAAUCCGAAAAAUCUCCUCUAGUGUAAACGUAGCUUUAGACACUCUACCGACUCACUUGCAAUAAUUGGUUCUUAGUCGCUUCACGUUUCUCCAAAUGGUGCUGAUUUUGAGAUAUUUUAAGUCUCUACUAGAGUAAGAUGACACCUGAAAAGGAUAACGUUUCUUAUGUCUCACUGCCAAUUUUCUCUAUCAAGCUGAAUUUUGGUAAAUGACAGUUUCAUUUUGUUCUAUCUGAUUAUCCUACUCAAUCCAUCAAUAAUUUCUUAAAGUUGGUUUUUGUGACGUCAUCACGUCUCUGCCAUUUUCCAAUUGUGUGCUCAGUGCCCUGGCCUUUGAAUAGAAGCGAGGCUGGAGGUCACCCUGUUUUGUUACAACCCUUCUACACGUUAAUGAUCAUUUUCACGGGCUUGUUCGCAUGAGAAUAACACGAUUGAAAAGCAGGAAGAUUUGGAACAAAACAAGGCCACCUUCAGUGUCGCAUUUAUUCAAAGACCAGGAUACUGAGCACACAACUGUAAAAUGGCCAAUACAAUAAAACCUUUACAUGUGUAAUUUGCAAUCGUAGUCAUUGUUGGAGAGUCUAAAAACAAUAGCCACACUUGGAAAAGCUAUAUUAUCAACUGAACCCCGCCUUAAGGUCCUCAUUUAGUCAAAACGGCUUUCAACGCUUUUUUGUUGUUGUUUUUUUAAUUGUCAGCAGGUCAGGGGGAGAAUCUGAAAUUCCAGACGAGCUUCUGAUUACAACAGCUGCUAAGAUUGGUGAAAAAGACUGGGUACCAUUGGCUCGUGAACUUGGUUUCACAAAGCAAGAAAUACGCGAUGUAAAGAAGAAGUACCCACAUCGAUCAAGAGAACAGGUCUAUCAAAUGUUAGUGUUAUGGAGACAUAAGAUGGGACAUGAGGCAACUGUAGCAGCUUUGGAACUGUCGACGAGUAAUGCUAGGAUUGAAACACUGUCCGCUGAAUCCUGAUGUAUAAAUAACAAAUUCAACUUAUUAAAAAAAUGAACAGAACUUUCCAAUAAAAUACGAUACUAUAGUAUCACUCACUUUGCUGGCUUACAUAUCUACUCUUUGUACAACAUACAACGCAUCAGCAAAUAUCUCUCACAAAGUCAACCAUUUAUGCAUUCUUAUCCAGACUUGGCUAUUGUAUUAGCUUAUUAUACGACCUGUUUGACGGCACAUUGAAUAAACUGCAAUGUGUACAGGUUGCUUGUGCGGUACGAUUCAAAGAACUCUAAUUUUACCACAUAACCCGGUU